UGGAACUUGGUGGCAGUCUAUGUAAAAUCAAUGGAUUAUGUUUCAGAAUAAUGCUUUUAAAUAUGUAAAUUAAAGCACAUAGGAAUGUAGAGGAAACAGCUAUAUUUUUUAAUACCUUACUUUCCAAAUUAGAAUCAACAUUGGGUAUUGACUCCAAGGCAAUGGGCAUUAAGUGACUUGCCCAGGGUCACAAAGGUAGGAAGUGUUUGAGGGCAGAUUUGAACCUAGGACCUCUCAUCUCUAGUUCUGAUGCUCAAUCCACUGAGCCAUGCAGAUGCCCCAAAAGAACUAUGUUGUAAUGUAGUGGUAGUCUCUCGGUGACCGAGAAUGACAAUGUAUGUUGUAAUAGUCUUUAAAAAAUGAAUAUACAUUACACCCUCUGUGUUCCAGUUUAAAAAGACUAUUUACUAUUUCUCUAAAUCUUACAUAUUUCAUCUCUUUCUAUUUAAGCAGGUUUUCUCUCAUGACUGUAAAGCAUCACUUCCUCCCUUUAACCCAUUAUUUUAACUAGAUGGUGCAAUGGUUAGAGUGUUCAGCCUGAUUUUGGAAUAUUAAAGUUCAAAUAAGCCUUCAGACACUUUUGAGCUAUGUGAUCCAGGGUAAGUCAUUCAACCUAUUAGUCUCAGUUUUCCAAAGUGUAAAAUGAAUAUUAAUUAUUACCUAACAUCUCAUUUCCUCCACACAGGAGCAUAAUAUCACCUAGGAUCCUGUGAGCUUUAAAUGAGAUGUUUUAAAGCUCUUAGCUGAGAGCCUGGAACUUAGUAGACACUUAAAUACUUGUUUCUCUCAUUCUUUAAUGAAUAUUCACAUUUCUAUAAGUGAACCAGCCCAUCAACAAAUACAUAUUAAGAACUUUCUAUGUUCUAAGCAAUGAGCUAAGCAAUGAGUUUAUAAAAUAAAAUCUAUUCUAUCAGGAUUAUAUUAAACUCAUAUACAAACAAUCAUGGGAAGUUUUUCUUAAUAACCUUUGUCAUGACAUCAAAAUUCACCAUGUUUUAAAAAGUAUUUAAAGGCUAUCUUAACUCAAGUAGAAUAUGUGCUUCCUGGGAGUGGGAACUAUUUUCAUUUUUGUUGUAUUCCAGAACCUAGAAGAAUUCCCAGAAUGUGGUAGGAGAUAAAGAUUAUGUUAAAAUGGGGUGGGGGAGAAUAAGAGCUCUACACAGCUUCUGUGCUAAGAAAUGUGCAAACAUAAUAGCUCUUAUGCUGCAUUUAAGACAGUACAUAUGAUGAGAAAAGCAACAAUCUUGAAGAUGUUCAAUGUGUGAUCCUGGAUGCCAAAUUGAGCCUCAGUGUUCACAACUACAAAAUGAGAAUGAUAAUCUUGGCACUGCUUAUUACACAUGGUUAAUUUAAAGGAGGGAAAUAGUCAAUUACAAAAAUCAAAGCAAAACAAAAACAUUGGAACUUAUUCAUUAUCAUUAGCAAUGAUGAAAGCAGUGAAGAGAGGAAGAAAGGUUGCAUCUAACUGGGCUAUUAUCUCUGAUCCCCCAUUUAGACUCAUGGAAUAAAUGGCUGCAAUUAAUUUCACUAGGGUGACUGAGUUCAUUCUCUUGGGGAUCACUGAGAAGACGGAACUGAAGAUGCCUCUCUUUGUGAUAUUCUUGUUCAUCUAUGUGUUCACAGUGGUGGGCAAUCUGGGUCUCAUCACAGUCAUCAGAAUGGACUCACGACUAAAAACUCCAAUGUAUUUCUUCUUAAGUCACCUGGCAUUUGUAGAUUUCUGUUAUUCUUCUUCAAUUACACCUAAAAUGUUGGGGAAUUUUUUAUAUGAAAAAAAUAUAAUCUCUUUCUAUGCAUGUGCUACUCAACUAGGUUGUUUUAUUAACUUCAUGAAUGCAGAAUGCUUGCUUCUAGCUUCCAUGGCCUAUGAUAGAUAUGUGGCUAUUUGUAACCCUUUACUUUAUAUGGUUUUGAUGCCCCCUAAAGUCUGUAUUCAGCUUGUAGCUGCUCCCUACAUCUACAGUUUUGUGGUAGCACUCUACCAUGUUAUCCUUACCUUCCGCCUAUCUUUCUGUGGCUCUAACAUCAUCAACCAUUUCUAUUGUGAUGAUAUGCCCCUCUUGAGACUGUCCUGCUCUGACACACAUUUCAAACAAAUAUGGAUUUUUGCUUGUGCAGGAAUCAUGCUUAUUGCUUCCUUUUUGGUUGUCUUUGUUUCCUACAUGUAUAUUAUCUCUGCAAUUCUAAAGAUAAAAUCGGCCGAAGGUAGGCGUAAAGCCUUCUCUACCUGUGGCUCACACAUGGUGGCUGUCACUAUUUUCUAUGGAACCCUGAUCUUUAUGUACUUACAGCCAAGCUCAAACCAUUCCCUUGAUACAGAUAAGAUGGCCUCUGUCUUUUACACAGUGAUCAUCCCCAUGUUGAAUCCUUUGAUCUACAGUCUAAGAAACACAGAGGUGAAGGAUGCCUUGAAGAAGGCCUUAAGCAAUAGCAAUUAUGUCCUCAUUUUAAUUCAGUCAAAAAAGUGACUUAAACUUAAUUUUUAAGUUAUCUUAAUUAUUCAAACAUUGAAAAACCAUAAUGAAAAGAAAUGACAUAUGUGCAUAGAAUAUUAGGGCUAGAAGAGGCUUUGAAAAUCAUCCAGUUCAAUUCUCACUCAGUUCACCAACACAUAAAAGAUGCUAGAGAAUCAAUCUUGAAAGGGCUCAACUUGAUCUAAUCUCCAAACACAAUGUGUAUUUGUUUGUUUUAAAAUAUUAUCUUGCUAUUAACUUUUAUGUAUUUUUACAUCAACUCAAUUCCAGUUCCUCCCUUCCUCAUUUUUUAAUCCAAACCAUGUAAUUGAUUUUUAACCCUUCAGAAACAUGACAAUGUUUUCAUCAAGAAUGAGAAAAAAGUUCAACAUCAACAAUCAACAAUGUCUGACAAUAUAUGCAGUAUUCUACCUCAUUGUUUUCUGUAUCUUCAAUGAGUA